AUGGCAGCUACAAUGAUUCCAGCCAAGAAAUCCUUCCUACAGCCCAGUCUGGAGACGCUCGCUGAAAAGCUGAGCUUGUGUGAGGUAAGGAGAGGGGUUUUGAUGUUAUCAUAGAGGUUUGGGUAAGGGUUGUUUUUGAUGAGCUGUAGUAGAUUUUCAUAACAAUACUGUGCGUCGUACGGUAGCUUGUUAAAAAGGUAAAAACCUGUAGAUUGAUACAGUCAAAACAUUUUUUUAAAUUUUGUACUGUACCAAGUGUACCAGAGCUUCAAAAAGUACCAUACUAAAAACUUUGGAAAAUGAUAGUAGACCAUAAUUGAUUAACUUUAACAAGUGCCACAGUAGUACUAUAAAGUCAAAUUUAAAUUUUUACGGUACUGUAAGAACAGUAAUAUUAGAUAAAAAACAAAAUUUUUUUUUCAUACUAUCACAGGAUGAGCACAUCUUGAAAGUCCCAUGUAAAAUAUUAACCUUUUCUUUUCAGCCCAUCAAGACCCGCCCAGAAGAGCACGUCUACCAGCCUCUCGGCCAGCCAAAGCAGUGUGUGAUUGACGGCGAAAUCUGGCCUCCAAUCUUCAAAGCCGCUAACGUCAGAUCCUCAAAGACCCUCCAAGUCAAAGACACCGACAUCUUUGUCUGCACCUACCCUAAAUGCGGUACCACAUGGGUGCAGCACAUUUGCUCACAGCUCCUGAACAGCCAGUACGGUGGCGAGGGCGAAGGUAAGAUGGUCCUCACCCUAUUUUAUCACUCCGCAGUUUCAGAAUUGUCCUUCACAUCGCCAAUGAUCGAGAAGAUGGGAGCCGAAUACUGCGACUCCCUGACCCACCCACGCCUUCUGAAGACCCACUUCAGCUUCACGAACACACCGGUCAGCAAGAAUGGCAAAUACAUAUUUGUGGCCAGAAACCCAAAGGAUUGCCUCACCAGCUACUACUUCCACAACCGAAACUUCAAGAUCUACGACUGGGCCCAAGGCGAUUUCGACGUUUUCUUCGAACUUUUCGUCUCCGGUCAGCUCGCGUUCGGCGACUACUACGACCAUCUACUCGGCUGGUUACCCCACAUCAACGACGAGAAUGUUCUAUUCCUAAAAUAUGAAGACAUGUUUGAUGAUUUGGAAACCGCAGUCUACAAAAUCGGCCAGUUUUUGGGUGGAAACGCCAAGAAUUUGGUCGAAAACCAAGAAAUUUUGACCAAGAUUGUGGAAGACAGCAAGAUUGACUCGAUGAAAAAGAAUCAAGAACGAUACUUCCCUGCCCAACACCUGACCUCAGACUUUAUCAGGAGAGGCGGAAGCCGUGACUGGACUAACUACAUGUCGAGGGAGCAGAGCGAUCGAAUGGACGCUAUCUUCAGGUAAAUUUUUGAAAAAUUUUGGAAAUUUUGAUCUUAACUUUGAUACCAAAUUAAGUUUAACUGCAUAUGUCAUAGUUAAGAUAACAAGCUAAUAUAUGCUCUCUUAUACCAUAGUAAAGCUGAGACAUUAAGCUAUGUUUGAACACCAAAAUUGCUAAUAUAGGGAUCGUGAGUCAAAAUAUAUGGCACUUUAGUAAACCCAUGUCUAAUUUUUGAAAUCUUCUGCUCUUAGCCAGCUAUUUCGUCAUAACUUGUUGUAUACCAUGAGUAAUAUAGUAAAUUACACAAAAUUAGAAAGCUAAGAUCAUAACCCUUCUAACGGUACCAAUUAUAUUUUUGUACACUUAGUACACUUUUUCCAAAGUUAUGACAUUUUGAAAAUUGAAAAAACCAAUGAUUAAUUCAAUUUGUCGUUGUCGUAUCUUGUGUUACUGUGCACAAAAUUUAGAAACUCAAUAAAAAAAUAACAAGGUACAAUAUAGUACGUGUUAAAUUAGGUCAAAUUAGAUUAGUUAUUCCAAGUCACGGCUAGGAUGUUUGUCAGCUGACACUGGUUUUAUAUUGUAGUAGGUCUUUUGUAUUGUUAAUUAAGUUAUUGUAGUCACAACUUAUUGUGAUAAGGCUGAGUCUUUGAAGUAAAGAUUUAGGAUGAUUAAGUGAAUUAUAGAAAAGUGGUUAUUUAGGCUUAAAUAGGGCUCAAUUAGGCUAAAAGGAUUAAAAACAGUGAUUAAUUAGGCUUAAAUUGAUGUAAAUUAGUCUAAUAAGCUUAAAAACAGUAUGAAUUUACAUUGAAUUCCUCGUAAAAUGGUAAUAAUUAAGUCAGUACUAUCCAGUACGACCUAAAUUAAUUAACUUUUACAAUACCAGUCAGUACCAAAUUAAGUUAUCCCCCCCCCCUUCAAGUCAAUAACAACAUCUAAUCAACCUCAUUCCAGAACUCGAAUGGCCGGUACAGAAGCAGCCGACUGGUGGAAGCUGGAGCAAGCCUGGGACAUGGAGGACGUGCUCAGCAUGCCAGACAUCGUUAUCACCUCCGACGACGAUGACUUUGACUGUGCCGAGGAGAUGUGCUCCGUCUCACGACGAGUGUCAUUCCUAUUAUCACCUGACCGUGUGCCAUUCAUGCCGGAACGACGCAACUCGAUCGAUUCGAUUGCUUCGAGUGGCUAUGGCAGUGUAUGGUCAAUGGCUAUUAACUGA